GCUGUCGUCGGGUGUAUAUAAGUGCACGGAUGUCGGCGACCUACGCAUAAGUCCAGCGGUCCCGGACAAAUUCAACAGCAAGCAUGGACGUCACACUGUUUGUGUUCUGCGCCAUGAUCUUAAAAGCUGCACUUUCGGCCCCUGUUCCCACUGCAACAACUGUAGUGGUUCCUGGCACAAAUGACCAAGGAAAGGAGCUCACUCCAGCGGAAACACAUUAUAUUGGCUUCAGGGGCUGGAAUGGUUACAUCCACCCACCCCUCUUCUUCAGACGAGGCUAUGGUUGGAGCAGUAGCGGCCUCGGGAACUGGGGUUCCUAUGGAGGAGGAUGGGGUUCCAAUAGUGGAACUGGAGGUUUAGACGGCUAUGGAGGACUCGGAGGCUGGGGAGGUUUUGGUGGCUAUAAUGGUUAUGGCACAUAUGGGGGAUGGCCUGGCUAUAUUAAUUAUGGCAGUUACAAUGGCUGGUUAGGAUGAUCAAUGAAACAAAUGCUGUACAAGUUUCAUCAUUUUUUCAAUAAAGAUGACAAAAGCAAUAAAUA